AUGGGAGGCCCGGUCGAGUUAAAGUCGGACAAAAACGCAAAUAUUUGCCAGAUUAAAAACACCUCAACGUCGGAUAGUGGAGGCACUGAAAAGCCGGGGGAGAGGGAAGAGGGCCAAAGAGCAGGUGCUUAUCACUUGAAUAGAGAUCCCGAGCACAGCCACUGGAAAGACAGCGAAAACUAA